AUGGUGAAAACGGUCUUGUCUCUCUUCCUUUUUGCCCUUAUUGGUCUCGUCCUUGCAGAAGAUGGUUCGCAUGUCAUUGUUCUCACAAAGGAUAAUUUUGAUACAACUAUUGAUGCAAACGAAUUUGUUCUAGUUAAGUUCUUUGCUCCUUGGUGCGGUCAUUGCAAACUUCUUGAACCCGAGUACAAUAAAGCUGCCAAGGCGUUGUUUGAGGAGAAAUCUGAGAUUAAGCUGGCCAAGGUGGAUGCAACAGUGGAGCUCUCUCUUGCAUCCAGAUUUCAGGUUCGUGGUUACCCCACGAUAAAACUAUUCAGAAAUGGUGUUCCAAUUGAAUUCGAUGGCGAGCGAAAUUCUGAAGGCAUUAUCAAGUGGCUCAAACGCAAAACCGGCCCUGCUGUCCUUGUGGUCGAAUCCGCAGAAGAGUAUGAAAAGAUUAUUGAAAGCAACAAGUUUGUUGUUGUCGGCUUAACUGAUGAUAUCAAAUCUAAAGAGUGGGAGGUCUUCUAUUCAGUUGCGUCCAAUUCUGAUGAAGUUUUCAUUCGUCCUACUGUUCAGAGCAUCCUUGACCAAUUCAAAUUUACUAGUGGUGUCCAGGUUGCAGUAGUUAGAAAG